GAUAGAGAGAUAAAAGGGGAACACAUUCUGGGUCUGUUUCCAUCUCCUAGUAUAUUAUAGUAGCUUCCUUUUCUCUUUCCUCUAUCCCUCAUCCAUCUUCUUUGUAUCUUUAGCACGAACUCCACAACCAAGAAAGAUAAGAUCAAGGUGUGGGUUAGAGUCCUAUCAUAAUCCACUGAUCAGUCAAUCUAUCAAUCAAUCAAAUAAAAAAAAAACCUCAUCAAAAAAGAAAGAUGUCGUCCUCGUCAGCUGCUUUUUCACCGGACCACCUCGCUCCCUCCGACCAGCUCUGUUACGUCCAUUGCAACUUUUGCGACACUGUUCUCGCUGUGAGUGUUCCUUGCACUAGCUUGUUCAAGACCGUCACGGUUCGAUGCGGCCACUGCACCAAUCUUUUGUCUGUCAACAUGCGUGGCUUGCUUCUCCCUGCAGCUAAUCAGCUUCACCAUGGCCACUCCUUCUUGACUCCACAGAAUAUCAUGGAGGAGAUCCAAAGUACUGCCCCACCGAAUAUGCAGAUGAAUCUGCCGUACCCUAAUGACUCGAUUAUGCCUGCUAUUCGAGGAGGAGUUGAGGAGAUCCCAAAACCUCCCAUGGUCAACAGACCUCCGGAGAAAAGACAGAGAGUCCCAUCUGCCUACAACCGCUUCAUCAAGGACGAAAUCCAACGCAUCAAAGCUGGGAAUCCUGAUAUUAGUCACAGAGAAGCCUUCAGUGCUGCUGCCAAGAAUUGGGCUCACUUCCCCCACAUACAUUUUGGACUCAUGCCUGAUCAACCCGUGAAGAAAACUAACGUACGCCAACAGGAAGUAGAGGACGUGAUGAUUAAAGAUGGGUUCUUUGCUCCAACCAACGUGGGUGUGGCUCCCUACUAAUAAACAAGUGGAAACUACUGUUAGGGUUUCUUUAUUUCUUCUCUAUUUCCUACUGUUGUUUAAGCUGUUAUUAGGCGUCGUUAUCAGUUUUUAAGUUAAGUUCUCCUAGAAAGACGUGGGUUCGGACUUUAAUGCUCGUGAAACCUAAUUAACAUCUGGUGGACGUACCUUAAUUUAAAGAACUCUUAUGAAGAUGAAGGCUUUUAUGCUGAUGAAUUUAUAAUUCUCAGAUGUUAGCCUUAUGUCAUAAUAGUUCGUCGAAUGCUUACUGUUAAUCCU